AUGAACCAUCACGUGAUGGAGGCUCUCGGUAUCAAGAAGGCAUUCUCCGCAUGGCCCUUCUCGCACCCAACAAGAUCGAGGGUGGAAUUCCCCUCGGUACAUCCAUGGACAACGAAUCCGAGCGUACCCAAAAUCUCGGCUGCUGGGACGGUGCAGCCGCUUGUACAGGCCCGAUCGACUGAUGGAUCACCACCCGCGCAACGCCGGAUUUCCAACCGGAGGAAGACUUUUGCAACUUCCUUAUCGACAUCGGUUUCGGCAAAGAUUGCGAGCAAGCACUGUGAGACUUCUGGAUUGAGACGAUUCAGGGGAAUUACACAGGGGAUGAGGGACGGCGCCGGGCGUGCAUGGCUGCUAUCAACUUGCGAGAGCGAGAUGGGCUGCACGAUCAAGAUGUUUACUAAUGCUGUAUCUGCUGAGCUUGUUACGGUACUGGUGGGGCGCAUUUUCUCAGCGCGUCGCAUCCGAAGGAGGUGGAUCAGGCUCUUGUUGAUUUCGUUGGGAAGUGGAAGGAUAGGCAUGUUUGAGGAUGGAGUUGGUGGGAUGGAAGCGCGGGGUUUUUUGAUAUGUACCGGGCACAGUAAGCGAAAGAUAUCGGAUUCAUACCUAGGUAUAUUUGAAGACCGGACGGAGGAAUGGUCGGUCACUGGCUUUGGCGCUUGA